UCUAAUCUAAGAAUAUAUCGUCACAAUAAUAUUUAUGCUAGUAUUCAAUUUAUCUUGGCGGGUUAAAAGUUGUUAUUGUAGUGUAAAUAAUUUAUUUUACCAUGGAAAAAAAGGAAGAUAAGACACCAGCACGGACUGUAAAAACAGGCCGACAUCCAAGACGAAGGACAGCUAUAUUUGGAAAGGUGUAUAAGAUUUUGGAAAAUUAUCAAAAAAAUCUGUCAUCAUCGCAAAGAAAAGUAUUACUGUUGGUAAAGGAUUACCAUUUGGUUUCAUAUGUUAAAAGGAUCUCUGUUCAAAGAUCAACACCAGAUGUUAUGUUGUGGUGUAUAAGGUUUUUGGAAACGAAUGUGUGUUUUUACAUCGGAUUGACUUUGUUCGACAUAGAGCAAGUAGAUAUCGAAUAUCACCUAGCAAGGAUGUUAAAAAGCUUCGUACUUGAAUUACAUUCUUUGAAUUUGACUGUUGUAUGUACCAUAUCACCACCAGGCAUACAUUACAGCAAAAUUAUGGAUAUCUUGAUGGAAAGUAAUCUAAGAAAGAAAAGAGAUAAACAACGUAGAGAAAAUCCUGACAUACACUCCGCAUAUCAGAGAAGAAUAUACUCAGAUGUUUUGCUUUACGAAGUAGCGCCAGUGGGAAAUAUACUUCAUUUAUACGACUUAUAUGAAUUAAUGAUAUAUUUGCAAGAAACGUUCAGACGUCACAGAGAAAUUUAUUUUCUUGGAUUUGACCCGGAUAAUGGGAGUCUCCGACACCACCAAGCAGACUGGUUUGAUGUUGUAUCUAUGAUAAAAUCAACAAAAUAUUACUGCCGUUCUAUUCCUUCUCAACCAGAAAUUUCUGCAGUUAUAUUUAACUUAUCUUGUCAUUUUAUCGUAAAACAAGCACAACAGUCAGGAAAUCUUAAGAUGACUCCAAGUAUGAACGGCUCAAUACAUCUAUUAGAAACAUUAUGUCCAUUGGCACAGUCAAUAUUUCACCUGGGCUCAGUCUCACCUUCAGAUUUAGAAAAGCUUUACGAAAGCCUCUUAGACGUUAGAUUAAUAUUAUCGAGUAUGGUGUUUAAAGAAGCCACUGAUCUGACCACAUCUUUAAGGGAGCUCAUUAUAACUCAUCCUCUCAGACGACGUCCUUCCAUAACUUCACGUGUACCUCAACUUCCUGAUAUUACAAUAGAGCACCCCACUCCUUCUCCGUCAAGUUCUGAAGACGAGGAAGUUGAAGAACUUGAGAUUACAUUUUUUCCAAAUGUAAAGGAAAACACCACAAAAGAAAUGUCUUAUCGAGAUACCAUUUAUACAGAUUUUGUCCACCAUAUGAAAUAUGAGGGCUGUAGGACAAUUCCCACUGACAAAGGAAAAAGCAUGAGAUCCAAAAGGACGAAAUAUGUUGAGGAGACUUUCAAAACUAUAACAGAACAGUUUUUUCGUAAUUAUAGAUUAUUAGAUAGUAGAGAAUCGAAGGAUAAGAGUCGAAAAAGAAAAUUCCCGGGGUCUAAAAUUGUUAUAGACCCACUAAGCCCAAAACCUUCCAGCGCCGGGAAUGAAGAAGAAAAAAUUAAUAAAGAGGAUAUCCUUCAGGAUAAAGCGAAAGUUAAAAAAGCAUUAUGGAAAAAGAAAAAAAUACAAAGCAAGAGAAGACCAAAACCAAGUACCGGGUACAUGUUUCCUAGCGAAGAAAUUGGAUCUGUCAAAUCAUCGACUUCUGCAGCUUCCAUUUCAAAAUCGUCAACUUCUACUGCCGGUUCAACUACCGCCUUGCAAUCAUUGGUUUCUGCAGCUACCUCUUCGCAAUCAUCGACACCUGUAGCUCCCGCUUCGGUAUCGCGGUUUUCUGGAACUACAGAUGUGAAACCAUCAAAAUUUGGAGAAUCCAAUUUGAAACCAUCAACUUCUGCACCUUUCGUCCCACAACCAUCUACUUCUGCAGCUUUCGUCCCACAACCAUCUACUUCUGCAGCUUUCGUCCCACAACCAUCGACUUCUGCAGCUGAUGAAAGAAAGUCAUAUGGCAUAUUAUAUCAUCAGCGUAAUGCAGUUUGGGAUAAAAAUGCAUUUUUAAGGUUACAUGACCAUGUAUCAAGUUUAUUGAGAACCACUCAAUUCGUACGAGCACCACUUGAGUGCCUUUCUACAAUAAAAGGUUUUCUUGACCUAGCUGAUAUUUUACGAACACAUAAUAUAAGUAAUAUAGAGACAAAAGCUUUCUGUCUGGAAGAUGUCGAUUAUUUUUUCAAAACUUAUAUUAUGCAAAGUAGACAUAUAGAAGUCGCCCUACAAUACAGCGUUCUUAAAAAUGAAUAUAUGACUGAUAUUUCUUUGAUUGACAGAGUAUUACAUAUUCCUGAAGUGCUUCCGAAUGUAGAAGAAAAUGUAGAAGAUGAAGACUCUUCUUCCUCUUAGUUUUUCUUUAAAGUCUUUCUUUAAUGAUUAAUUUUUGGGCCAUUUUGGAUAGUGUAAAAUGUUGACAGGCAUAUUUAUAUUUGUGUAAUUUAUGUGGUAUUGUGUAAAAGGUAUAAGCUAUAAAAAUGUGUCAUGUUGUUUAUACUUUUAUACGUAGUAUAAAGUAAUAUAAAUAUUGUAUACAAUAACCUCAAGUUUUCAGUCAGGAACAUUAUAUCAAACAAUCAUAUCAACAACUAAUAUAUCAACAUUUUUAAAGAUAUUUAGUUAUUUUAAAGAUAUUAUAUUUUUAGUUUAGAAUGGAGGGGUCCAAUCAGCGAUUGUCCCCUACAUAGUGCAACUUAUUUAAGUAUUAUUUAUAAGUAUAUUAUCCCAUUACUGAUAUUUCUGGUGAACAGUAUAAUAUAGAAUUGAGACGGUCUGAAUUUUUUUUUUGAUGACUUGAUGUAUAAUUUAUGGACCAUUCAUAUUUAAGGUUUUGACUAGCAUAUAUUUGUGUUUAUUUUUGUAGCGUCUUGUAUUACGUAUAAAUUUUAGUAUUAUGUGUAUUUUUUUAAUAUGUAUCAUGUUAUUUAUACUUUUAUGUUGUAGUAUAAAAUAAUAAAUGAUAUAACAAUCUAAUA